ACGGUGGUGGUGUUGCCAUGGAACGAGGAAUGCACUCAGACAAACACCGAGAUAGAACAAAAUAUGGAAUCCUCUAUGAUUAAUUACCUACAUAUUGUCUAUGAUUCGACUACUAUGAACAGAGAUAAUCUUCAACCAUGAAGAAUGACAGUAUGGCCAUCCGUCCUCUGCUGGCUCUCGGCUUCAUCUUCUGCAUCUCUCUGCCCAUCGUCUUUUCGCUGGUCCAGUCACAGCAAGUGCAAGCGAAAAAGUUCUGCUGGUUUGACAACUGCAAUCAACACCAGAACCAAAAGCAGAACACAACAGAACAAAAACUAAGACGUAUCGCCUACUACGAGAGCUGGGCCUCCCGACGACCCUGCAGUGCAUUUCACCCCUUCCAAGUCAAUGCGGACGAGUACACGCACAUCAACUUUGCGUUUGCCCUUGUUGAUGAAGAGGGGCGAGUCAACCUCUCCUCACCCAACGAUACAGAUCUGUACAACGAGCUGAAACACCUGAGGGAGCAACAGACCAGCAAGACCUCGCCGCAGCUCUGGAUCGUCGUCGGUGGGUUCGGGGUCUCGUCUGUCCCGUUCUCGAAGAUGGCGAGCGCGAACGCUUCCCGGGCUGCGUUCGUGGACUCUGCGCUCCAGUUCGUGGAGAAGUACGACUUUGACGGCCUGGAUCUCGACUGGGAGUAUCCCGGUGCGAAGGAUAAGGGGGGCAACGAUGCCGACAAAGCGGACCUCGUCUUACUCUUGGAAGAAAUGAAGCCCCGGUUCGAGCAGAAGGGGAAGGGGUUAAGUCUGACGGUGCCUGGAUCGGAAUAUUAUAUGACCGGCUUCGAUCUCAAGGGAAUAGAACCACACAUCGACUGGAUAAACGUGAUGAGUUACGAUCUGCAUGGACCGUGGGAUGCGCCUCCUGUCUUACGACCACACACAAACUUGACCGAAAUCAACACAUCCAUCCAGACAAUCAAGAAGGCCGUCCCCGCUGAGAAAAUCAACCUCGGCCUCGCGUACUACGGGCACACCUUCGUCCUGUCGAAUUCGUCCUGCACAACACCCGGAUGUCCAUCCUCCGGAGCUGGGAAGAAGGGCAACUGUUCCCUUGAGGCGGGCACAUUAAUCAAUUCCGAGAUCGAGGAUCUUCUCUCGACACAUCAUGUGAAAAUCACUUUCGACCAUGACGACGCUGUCAAGUACUUUGUUCUCGAUGAUGAGUGGAUGACGUAUGAUGAUAACGAAACCAUCGGGUUGAAGGAAGAGUACGCCGUCCAACAGGGGCUAGGCACCUUCAUCUGGGCGGUGGACAUGGGUAGACCUUGAGGUACGAGGCUGAUAGACGUUUGGGAUACUGGUUUCAUGUUCAUAUCUAUUAUUAACUAGUUCCGUACAUCAUAUUAACAU